AUGCCACACCUAACUAACAAACAGAUGAAAGCUCUGACAGAUGAAUUGAUUUGCCCAAUCACCUUGGAAUUUCCAUGGGAUCCUGUCAUGGCUGAGGAUGGACAUGUAUAUGAUAGGGACGCUAUUGAGCAGCACUUCCGCGACCAUCGUGGGGAUCUCAAGUCACCAAUCAGCAACAAAAAGAUGGGAAAGAACCUCUUGCCAGCAACCCAGCACCGCAACAGCAUUGAAGCCUUGGUCGAUUCUGGUGUCGUUGAUCCAGCUUUGCCAGCCAAAUGGAAUGAUAUGGCAAAGCAGAAGAUUGAACAUGAAAAGUUGACGAAGAACUUGGUGAAGAAGGCAGAGAGUGGUGAUUCAACUGCGAUGUACCGACUUGGACUCAACUAUGAACAUGGUCGCGAUGGUUUCAAGCAAGACCAGAAGUUGGCCUUUCAGUGGUACAAGAGAGCCCUGCCAAAAAUGUGUUUGGAACAGCCGCAUUAG